AUGAGGUUCAUACAGUUUUUCACCGCUGUCAGCACUGCAAGCCUUGCUCUUGCUGCACCCCCCAAGUCCAAGACCAAGAGAACGUCGGCCUUCCAAUGGUUUGGCUCCAAUGAAUCUGGAGCAGAGUUCGGAAGCGGCAACAUCCCUGGCAUGCUGGGCACAGAUUACAUCUGGCCCAACACGACCGCCAUUAGCAUCUUGAGGGAUGCAGGGAUGAACAUCUUCCGCGUGCCCUUUGCCAUGGAACGUCUCGUCCCCAACAACAUGACUGGAAGCCCCGAUGCAACGUACAUGGCUGAUCUGGUUUCGACCAUCAACUACAUUACAUCCACCGGCGCCCACGCUAUCAUCGACCCGCAUAACUUUGGCCGAUACUACGGCAACAUCAUCACCUCGACCACCGACUUUGCCGCCUUCUGGACCACCGUCGCCACGCAAUUCAAGGACAAUGAUCUCGUCAUCUUCGACACCAAUAACGAAUUCAACACCGAAGACCAAACCACCGUCCUAGACCUCAACCAAGCAGCCAUCAACGCCAUCCGCGCCGCAGGCGCCACAUCGCAGUACAUCUUCGUAGAAGGCAACUCCUGGUCCGGCGCCUGGACCUGGGAAUCUGUUAAUGACAACCUGAAGACACUCACCGACCCCAUCGCUGAUCCAGACAAACUCAUCUACGAAAUGCACCAGUACCUCGACAGUGAUGGCUCGGGGACAUCAUCCACAUGCGUCUCCGCGACAAUCGGGCAGGAACGCAUCGAGUCCGCGACGGCUUGGCUGGUCGCCAACGCCAAGAAAGCGUUUCUGGGUGAGUUUGCGGCAGGUGCGAAUAGUGUUUGUGUUAGUGCGGUGACUGGCAUGCUGGAUUAUAUGGAGGCGAAUGCGGAUGUUUGGCUUGGGGCGGAGUGGUGGGCUGCUGGGCCUUGGUGGGGCGAUUAUAUCUAUAGUAUGGAGCCGAUGACGGGGCCGGCGUAUGAGUAUUAUUUGGAGGUUUUGGAGCCGUAUUUUCCUGGGGGGAGUUAUACGGCGACCUCGACUGCUACGGCGACUGCUACGAGUUCAACCACGACAGCGGUAACAGGGACGUCCACUGCUGUUGCGCAGCAUUGGGGACAAUGUGGUGGUCAGGGCUGGACGGGGCCGACGACUUGUGUGUCGCCGUAUACGUGCCAGGUGCAGAACGCCUAUUAUUCACAGUGUUUGUAG